CGUGAAAGGUUUCAUUUAGCCGCUGCGGGAGUAGAGAGUAAUAGCUUCAGCUGCAGCGUUCCCUUGAAAUUCUUUCGCUUCAACAAAAUGGCUCGCUCUUUCAACAACUCCAGGCUCAUCUCUGCUUUUGUCCUUGAUACAAUUUCCUCCUUUCUUACCAGGCGUGGGUAUGCUGCUGGUGGAUCAACGAGGAGCAAUGUAAAAGUAAUGCUGAAGAAAGGUGGGGAAGAAUCAAGCAAGAAGAGUAGUACAUCGUGGGUGCCAGACCCAGUUACGGGUUACUACAGGCCUGAGAGUCAUGCUAAAGAGAUUGAUGCUGCUGAACUCCGCCAGAUGCUCUUGAACCACAAACCUAGACUACACUAAGGACUUGAAGCUGGGGUUUUGGUUACCUUACCCACCUAUAAAGCAUCGGAUCUAACCAUUUCAACUGCCCAACCCAACAAAUUAAUUAAAGAGCGAGACAUAUGACUUACUGAUUUUGCAAGAAUAUACAUAUGGCUCGUCCAUGUCUCCAGUUGUUAUAGCCGAAUUAAUGUUGUAUUCCUGUUUCCAUCUAUGUUCUUUAUCCCUGGGUCAUUUUUUUGGCCAGCCUUUUAAUAAGUUGAAAACUUGUGGUA